AUGAUGAAACUGCUCACCCUCACACCUUUCGUUGCCGCCGUCGUAGCAUCUUCGCUGCAGUUGGGGGACGUAGAGAUCUUCGCCCGUCAAAAUGAUCCGAUCACCUCCUUAGUCAAUGAUAUCACAACCCUCACCAAGAGCGUUGUCGAUCUAGGCGACACUGUUGGCGGCUUUACCGGAAUAUCUGAAGCUGGAACUGUUGCGACCAAAGCACAAACCGUGCAGGACAACCUGCAAACCGCUGCAGACAAUGCGAAGAAAGCUCCAACGCUGGAUAAUAAUGGUGCUCUCGCGUUGGCUGUACCUGCCCAAGCCCUGAACGAGGCAGUCGUCUCGACACUAGACAAGAUCACUGCCAAGAAGGAUGUAUUCGCUUCUGCCAGCCUGACAAGCGUUGUGGCCCAGCUUCUCGAAAAGGACAACCAGCUUGCGGGAGACUAUUCUACAGCUUUGUUCAGCAAAGUCCCCGCGGAGCUGAAGUCCACCGCCAUGAAAAUCGUACAGCCCUCCUUAGACAAGCUGCAAAAGACAGUCGAUGAUUUCAAGGCUGCCGCCGGUGGCAGCAUGAGCUCUGGAAGCUCGAGCGUUAUGACUAGCCGCGAGCGCAGCAAUGUCGAGCGCUUCUUCCUCCGCGGCAGCCGGUAUGACUUCGAUGUCCUCAAUGAUGCACAGUAG